AUGAGGUCCACUAAGAAACUAAAAAAAUACAAGCAAAAGAAACGGGCAAAUAUUACCUACCAAGUACCAUCAUACAAGUCGUCCGUUCGUAUCUCUAAGCCGUCAUACCAGCAGACAUUUAUUGUAGUGGAAUCCAACUGUUUUCUGACAUUGCAGACCAGCCCGGGCAGCGCGACGCUGACGGUGGCAGCCUUCGACCUUGGAGCUGGCGAUGAAGUGCUUAUACAGAACCCAUACACACACCCUUUGCAGCUGAACGGGUCCAUCGCCUCGGGCACAGAGUACCGCAUCCCGAGCCUGCUCUUCGUGGCCUCCUUCGUGAGCGACGGAAGCCUCACAAAUUCCGGCUUCUCGCUUUCCUUCCAACUCUCCUCCACUGGGUGCUUGAAGAGUAAAAUAGCUCUUGACACAAAGCAAGUGCUAACUAGUCCACGAUACUCUCGAGCAUACGUAAGAGCGGGAACAUACUGUGAAUACAGAAUUGCUGUACUAGUGGAGGUAGAUGUGGAAGUAGAGGUACUGGUGGAAGUAGAGCUGGACGUAGAGGUGGUAGUGGAGGUGGUUGUGCAAGCAGGGUCUUCUAUGAAGGUAAAAUUCGCUGUCCAUCCCGGCAUGAAGUUCAGUUUAGACUUGAAGUAG